AGGAAGCAAGAAACCCCCUGUAUAAAUAGCGGGGUUGUUGCAAGUUACAUGGUAAGUAGUGAGAAGAAACCUCGAAAGUGAUCACUUAGUUUCAGUGUCCAUGGCAUGCUUAAACAUGUUCAACAAUGACCAACAAGGUCUCCACGCUGCAAUGGGCCCAAGAAUCUCCUUCUCUAAUGACUUUGCCGACACCCAACAACCCACCAAGCACGAUCACAGCUAUAGAGAAGCACCAGUUUCCUCAGAUUUCGAGUUUUCGGUGUCUGGUUACAACAUGAUUUCUGCGGAUGAGGUCUUCUUCAAGGGCAAAAUUGUACCCACCAAGACCACUCUCAGAGAUGAACUCCUUGUGGAGGAUGACGACAUGGAUGUGUCGUCACCGCGACUACACAAGGGUAUGAGCCGAUGGAAAGAGCGUUUAGGCCUCAAGAGAUCUAGCAUCCAUCAUCUACGUAGGAAAUCUGCUGAUAGGACUGUUUCUGAUCAAGUCCUUGAAAGAAUUGAUGAGACGACCUCCACAACUUUGGCAUUCCACGAGAAUAUGUUUGCUGCUAACCUCAAGGGUGCUUGCUGGCAGAUCUUGGAUGGAAUACUUUAAAGGAAGGUGGCAAAGGAAUUAUUCGCAGAGCUUGCUAAAGUUUCCUCUCUGUCGCUGACCCGUGUGGAGAAGAGAACUGGGAUGGUCAAGAAUUUUUGUUUCUGUCUGUCAACUUUUCCCGUAGGAAUUACUACAUGUGCAGCGUGCAUAGAUCCGCUCUUCCAUUCUUCACGUUAUUGUACAAAUAUCUUUGCUGUCAGGGUUUUUCAGUUUCAUUUCAUGUAGAUUGUUCAUGCCUCUGAUUCGACAAUGCUCUUCUGCUGGGCUUAUUUCUUUGCUAUAAA